ACGUCACCCGAGUUGGGGUACCAAAACACGGCAUCCUUCCCGUCGGAACAGGGCCCCUUGGUGUACCCGUUGGCUCAAGUUCGCUCACCUGCGGCUGCCGACGUUUAGAUUCGCGCGCCUCGGCGAGUGACGCUACGGAGAAUCCAAGCCCCCAAAGGGACUGGCUACGCCUGACUCCUACAUCACAACCCGGCAUGCCCUGAAGUUCUCUUGCACACUUAAUAGGGCCGGGAUGCCUUCUCCCCAGGGGCCCCUUGCACCAAGCUCUCAUCCUUCCCACUUCUCGGGUAGCCCCUAUAUCCCUAGACGUUUGUGAUUAUGUUGACUCAAUCAAUGCCCGAACGCCAUACGCGGCGUGCGAUGGAUUCGAUGUGGGAUUUGUUCCGAGCAUCGAUUCCAAGUUCUGGUCUUCUGUGGGCCAUAUCGGAUGGAGAUCCCCAACGCCAGUGCAGAGGAUGUCGCGAGAUAUGCCAGCUCAUCCGCUGGGGCGAGGUGCAGCGGAGACGGAACAGCGCUUUCCAAGGCACCUCGUCUUCUCGUAUCCUUCACAGCAGCUAUUCCGAACUCGACGUUUCCGCCGGCCGGUCAGGCUGCGAGUCCUGCCGUCUUAUACGACGGGCUUUUCUCCUGGAGCAUAUCACUCGUCGAGACGCAGACCGACUGGCACAUUCCAGCAAUCAAUGGCCCAUCCAUGCGGUGCUGAAUCUCAGUUCAUCCGGCGAUAGUGUCUUGGAACUGGCCGUCAAGUCUCCCAAAGCCGUCCUGUUCUCUGCAACCGUCCACCUGAGCAACGAUCCCCGAUCAUUACCCCGGAAUCAGUCAAAAGGGGUUACCGGGGUGCGCUCCGAUCUCAGUGCGCUGCGGCGGGUCAUCGACGACUGCCACCUAAACCACGAAUGCUCCUCGAGGUAUCGCUGGUCACGCCGGAACCCCACCUGGCUCCUCAGAAUCCUUCCUGAUAACUUUGUUCAACUCGUGGAAGGCCCAUCAAACCCCGUCGACUACGUUGUCCUUAGUUACACAUGGGGCGAUCCCGCGACUAUGCCCACCGCCGAAUGGGCGAGGAUCAAGGGAGCAGGCACUAAAACAAUCAACGGACGGCCUGUCCCUGAGCGAUUGAGCCCUUUUCGGGUGUGGGAGCUACCAGAAACGAUGCAAGACGCCAUCACGAUAUCCGCGUCCCUUGGGGUUUUCUACAUCUGGAUCGACAACGUCUGUAUCCCCAAGGGCACCAACUGGGACACGGAAGCCUCGUUGAUGCACGAGGUAUACGGCAAUUCCGCCUUCACGCUUGUUGCGUCUUCGAGCGCCAAGGCCACCGACCGCUUGCUGCACGACCGGGUAGCAUGGACGCACCCCAGCAAGGCAUGCCAGCUGCGCGAAAUGUGGUGGCUUCAGAACACCCAAACGCCUUUAGACCGAGUGCGGUUCGAAGCACCGGUAUCGAUGCGAGCCUGGACGCUACAGGAAGAGCGGCUCUCGCCGAGGAUUGUGUACUGGGCAGGUCAGCGGUGGUAUUGGUCCUGUCCCGAGUGUCAGGUUGUCGAGACCGGUGAGCUUGAAUGGGCCCCUUCCGCAGCCGACGAAACACCCCGGAGCUGUCCUCAGCGGUUUUUGGAGCUUUGCCGGACGGGGGACGAACACCUGCUCCACGGGGAGUGGCUUGAUAUUGUUGAGGCUUACACUCGUCGGGACCUGGUCGCCCCCAGAGACCGGUUUCUAGCCAUUGCUGGCCUCGCAGUUCGCUUUUACAAUGCCAAAGCAGGAACCGGCGGGGCGGUUGUCACUGAGGAUUAUCUGGCGGGCCUCUGGAAGGACAACUUUGCCAGGCACCUUGCCUGGUCCGUAGCAGGCGCCGUCGAUUCUCAGCAUAACCUGCAGCACAUUGCGCCAUCGUGGUCCUGGGCAUCGCUGCCACUCCGAGUACACACCGAUACAAAGGCUCUAUUCAAGACGUCGGAGCACUUUAAAUUCAUUGCGGUCAAGCACAUUGACCCAGCUAGCGCCAGCACAACGUUCACCCGGCCAGAAACGGGGGACCGCUCUACAGACUACAUUAACCGUGGCCGAGCCGUUGAAGAGCGAGGCAGAGGUGUCAAAGUGGUCGAAGUGCAAGGCCGCUUCCGCCGUUUUAUUUCUCAGGACGCCAUGGAUGUUUCGUGGGACGACAUCGAGUGGAAACGUGGUGAAAAGUCCAGCUUCAACUUUGGCGCUUUUCCGGGACAGGGAAUUUACGCGCGUAAUAGGGCCAGCGGGAAAAUUAUAUCCAAGGACGCUCACAUCGGUGAAGUUGUUGGACAGCUGGAUUAUCUCGUGCCGCCGGAUGGCAAACCGAGAGAUGGGCCCACGCCCUAUAUCCGGCCAGGCGGCGAAAAGGAGAUUGUGUGUCUUGAACUCGGCGAGCUGGCUAUGCUCUUGCUGGUACCCAUUGAGAAAUGCGGUCAGCCCGAGUCGUAUCAGCGUGUUGGGGUUGCUAUUGGGUACACCAACCGGAAAGGCUUUUUUUACGGCAGCGAGACGAGAAGGAUCCUCUUAGCUUGAAGUGAUUACGGCUCUCCUUGUGCUAACACGACGACGUAUGUCUUGAUUCUGUUUUUUCUCCUCUUUUUCUUUU